AUGACUAUACCGACACUUCCGACAAUUCCUGGAAGCUCUGGCUAUUUGGACAUACACCCUCAAAGAGAAUUUUCUAUGCUCAAGAACCCUUACAUUUUAGGACUCACUUAUGUAGCUAGCAUUGGUGGAUUGCUUUAUGGCUACGACACUGGUGUUAUAUCAGGAGCUCUUCUCUAUAUUAAAGAUGACUUUCCUGCAGUCAGACACAGUCAUUUUCUUCAGGAAACUAUUGUUAGCACGGCAGUGGCUGGCGCAAUUGUUGGAGCAGCAAUAGGUGGUUGGAUGAAUGACAGUUAUGGAAGAAAAAAGGCAACCAUCCUUGCAGAUGUUUUCUUCAUUCUUGGAGCAAUUCUCAUGGCUGCUGCACCAGAUCCUUACAUUCUCAUACUUGGCCGUGUUUUCGCCGGUUUUGGUGUUGGUGUUGCUUCAGUUACUGCUCCUGUUUAUAUUGCAGAAUUGUCACCAUCGGAAAUAAGGGGAGCACUGGUUGCCACAAAUGUGCUUAUGGUAACUAGUGGAGUGUUUGUAUCUUAUCUAGUAAAUCUUGCUCUUGCACAGUGUUGCACCCUAAAUUUUGACCCCUUAGAUCAUCGUCAUCAUUUUAGGAUCAUAUUCAGUUGA